AUGUCGAUCUCCCCAUUAGCCAACUUCUCAACUCUACCACCUACAUUAGGCUUAUCAGAUAUACUAUUAUUUUACUUUCUUGUUGUACCAUUUUUCAUCUUUCUCCUUGGAUCAAUUUCAAAAUUUUCCUCUUCUUCGUCUUGGGCUUCUCCACCUCGUGUACCCAUUCUGGGUUCAAUUCCAUUCAUCAAAUCUAAACAUUUUCCUCAACAAUGUUUGGAUUGGAGUCAUCAAUAUGGUUCAAUUUUCAGUCUCAAACUUGGUACUUCAAACCCGUCCCUUGUCGUUUCAGGUCACGAUCUUGCAAAGGAACUUUUCAUCGAUCAUGGUUAUGCUUUUACCGGUAGAGCAAAUCCAUUUUUCUUCCAUCCAGAAUUACGUUUGGAUGAAUAUUUUACGCCAGUGAUGAACACUACCCCACACGUCUUGUCACAGCGCACACUCAUCCUGAGUAGCACAAAGGCAUCUAUAAACUCUGGAUUGGGGAAUUGUAUCGAUCGCUCUUCUCGGUUGAUUACCUCUAAAUUAUAUCAUGAAGCCAGUCUUGAGCCAAUUGACAUAAGGCACAUAUUACUUGAAGCUGCAGCUGUUUGUGCUAUCAAUAUCUCGUAUGGAUUCCCAGUGGUCGAUUUCGAUAAGAUUCCACCUGAAGCUCGAUCAAUUCUUGAAUGUGCAGAUGAGACGUUUAAUAUGUUACAGUUUUUUGAAGAGCCUACAAUAGCAUUUCCAUUCCUUGUUAAACUUCUAUGGAAGCGUACUGAAAGGAUCAGGAAACAGGCUAGAAAGACUUCUUCAAAGUUACUUGAAGCUUAUGAAACUUUGUUUCAACUUGCAAAAACUCAAUACGAAGUUGAAGGACCAGAUUCACUCGAGAGCUCAGUUAUCAAAAGCUUGUUUGAAUCAGGUGGUUCAGGAAUGAGCCAGUUUCAACAAGGAUGUUUAGCUGGUACAACAGUUGCAGCAGCGAUGUCAACUACUAUGAACACAAUUCAUAGUACUUUAGGUUGUUUAGCUGUCCAUCUAGAUUAUCAAGACCAAUUAAGAAAUGAAAUUUCUAAAAUCGUCGGAGCAGAUCAGAUACCUUCAAGUGAGCAAAGCGCCUUGCGUGAGCUUCCUUUACUUCGAGCAUUUAUCGAAGAGGUCAUCAGGAUGUUUCCUGUUUUUCCAAUCCUUUCACGCGUAGCUGAACAAGACCAUGUUAUGAGCAAUGGUCAAACGAUCCAUGAAGGACAAGUUUUAUUUGUUAACUAUUAUGGGAUUAAUAGAGAUUCAAGAGUAUUCAGAGAUCCAAAUGCAUUCAAUCCUUAUCGGUUUCUUGAAAGCGAAAAGAAAGUGAAUUCGUAUUGGCCAAAGUAUGGGCAUGCUAGCUUUGGAGCAGGAAGACGUUCUUGUCCGGGAUCAGAAUUUGCCAUGAAUUUGAUCUUAUGUACAAUUUCAAGAAUACUUCAUUCUUUCGAGAUUAAAUUCUCAGAUUCGAUUAUCUCACCCAAGAUUGAUUUAGUUGAACCUGUUCUUGUUGGAGUUGAACAACACACCAAGUUUCCUAAACUUAUCUUCAAACCUUUGGAACCUAAAUCUUAUUGA